AUGCUUUGCGACAAGGAAGGAUGUGGGAAACGUAACUAUGUUCAACGGGUGAUAAACAAUCUCCCAACUGUUUUCACGAUUGCACUUCAGUGGGAGAACAAUGAGACUAGCUGCGAUAUAUUUAGUACAGUUGCUGCUCUGGAAACUGAGAUAUGUAUUAGUGCCAUAUGCAGAUACGAAGGUGACAGCUUAUACACCAAAUACCGUCUGGUCUCAAUGGCUUGCUCGCAUGGAGAUCAAUACAACUGUAUAGCUUAUGAAAACAGUAGGUGGGUCAGAUAUUUUGGUUCUGAGAAAGAG